CUCAGAAAUAGCUCUCAUAUAAUUUACUCUCUCUGAAAUGGAGAAUUAUGCAACAAUAUUUCCAUCAGCAUCAUCGUCGUCGUCUCAUCACGAUGGAUAUGUUUCAUUAAUGAAUAGCAAGAGUAGUAUCAGUGACGAUACAAAAGAGGAAUUAUUAUUCCAAGGGAAGAAUAAGGCCGGUUUCUUGGGACUAAUGGCAAGCAUGGAAACUCCAAGAGAUAUUAUUACUAAAAAAGAUGAAGUGAUCAAAUCGUGUAAGAAGAAGAUUAAGAAACCAAGAUAUGCUUUUCAAACAAGGAGUCAAGUUGAUAUUCUUGAUGAUGGUUAUAGAUGGAGGAAAUAUGGACAAAAAGCUGUCAAAAACAACAAAUUCCCAAGGAGCUAUUAUCGAUGCACACAUCAAGGAUGUAACGUGAAGAAACAAGUACAAAGAUUAUCAAAGGAUGAAGAAGUAGUAGUUACUACUUAUGAAGGCAUGCAUUCACAUCCAAUUGACAAAUCUACGGAUAACUUUGAGCACAUUUUGAGUCAAAUGCAAAUCUAUAAUUCCUUUUAAAUAUUUAUUUUAUCUUUCAAUGCCUAAGGCUUAUAUCUUAUCUCAAUAUAUAUUAGUUACAUGUAAAAUAAUACUGCAGUGUGUAUAUGUAUUUUAAACAUAUAUAGACGCAGAUAAUUUUAUUUUUCACUUAUUUUGAGAGUA